AUGGCGCCACCACUUCCUCACCAUCUUUUCCCCUUCUUCCUUCUCCUUCUCACCAUCACAUUAACCGCCGAGGGAGCGCGGAUCUUCACCAUAAUCAACGACUGCCAGGAGACCAUCUGGCCGGGGAUCACCCCGGGGGACAACUUCAACGGCGGCGGGUUCGCCCUCAAGCCCCACCAGUCCAUCGUGUUCACCGCCCCCGUGGGCUGGUCGGGCCGGAUAUGGGGUCGAACCGGUUGCAACUUCGACAAGAACGGCAACGGCACCUGCCUGACCGGAAGCUGCGGCGACUCGUUGAAAUGCAAGGCCUCGGGGAAGCCGCCCGCGUCCCUGGCCGAGUUCUCCCUCGCCGCCAUCGACUACUACGACGUCAGCCUCGUGGACGGGUUCAACGUCCCCAUGGUGGUGACUCCCAUCAACGGCAGAGGCAACUGCAGCGUGACCGGCUGCGACGCCGACCUCCGGCCCAUGUGCCCGCCGGAGCUGGCGGUGAAGGCCGGCGGAGGCGGGAAGGUGGUGGGGUGCAGGAGUGCUUGUGACGUGUUCGAUACGGACGAGUAUUGUUGCCGUGGGGUUUACGGCAACCCCGUGGUUUGCCAGCCGACGUAUUAUUCGAAGAAGUUUAAGGAGGCUUGCCCUACCGCUUAUAGUUACGCGUAUGAUGAUCCGACGAGUAUUUUCACUUGCUCGGGUACAGAUUAUGUCGUUACGUUCUGUGCUUCCAGGAAGCAACCGGUGUGCACGUAUCAUGAUAAGAAGCUGGUGUGCGGAGGAACGGAAGGUGUCAAGUCAAUGAUGGGGAGAUGGUGGCCGUUGAUGAUCAUGCUUGCUUUGCCCUUGACUGCUGCGAAAAUGGCGAGCGCCGGCGGGGGCAAAGUCUCUUUCAAAGUUACUCUCACCUCCGAUCCAAAGCUUCCUUUCAAAGUGUUUAGCGUGCCAGAGGCAGCUCCGUUCACCGCCGUCUUGAAAUUCGCAGCAGAGGAAUUCAAAGUGCCUCCCCAGACCAGCGCGAUCAUCACAAAUGAUGGAGUUGGAAUCAAUCCCCAACAAAGUGCAGGUAAUGUCUUCCUCAAGCAUGGCUCCGAACUGCGCUUGAUUCCCCGUGAUCGAGUUGGAGCUUCUGACUAUUGA